GCACCCCACCCAAAGGAAUCCUAGAUGUCAUCAAGGAUAUUCAAAGCAACUUCCAUCCUCGUGUCGUUAGAUCAGCAAAUGCUCCAUUGCUAUCUGAGCUCAUGCCUUUGCAAGAACGCCCUAUGGAGAACGCAAUCGGUAUAGUUGUAGGAAAUGUGCAAGGUUACUUGGCUUGGACGGGAAACAAAAAUGUUGCAAAGACGGAGAGUACGUUCCUUGUAUGCAGUGGAACAGCUGGCAUAGGGAAAACGCGAUACGGGCAAGAGCUGUUCGGCACCUUACAAAGUAAACUUUCACCUGCCGCCCAAGAAAAGGGUUUUGACUUCUCGCCCUGUUACUACUACAUGCUGCUUGAUUUCAGCAACGGCGUUAGUUUGGGUCUGGAAGAAGAAAAACUCUCACCUGAAAUCAUUCUUGGCUUGCGCCUGGCUUACUCUUACUUCAUCCAAGGCAAAUAUCAAGAACAAUUUCCGGAAUUUCGCUUUAAAGCCCUCAAUUAUUUUGGCUACUUUACAAUUACCAAUGUCAUCAUCGCCAUUCGCAAUGACUUGGGGUUGCAACCAGACCAAGAAUUUUUCCUUUUCCUCCAUGUUGAUGAAUACCAACUUUGUCUGGCUGGAACAAAACCUCCCACAGAAGAUGGCCUAUCCCUAUUCAAGGAGAUGAUGCACCGCCUUGGACAUUUCAUGAGUGGCGCGACCAGGCCCUCCAUCAUACAGACUUUUCUCUCUGGAACGGCUCAGCAGGAAGUGACUCAGUCUGCAAAACCUACCUUUUAUUCUUUCCACUUUCUCAGCUGUCCAGUAUUAUCUUUGGGAGCACGCUACAACAUUAUGGGCCAUUUUGCUAAGCAAUUCCAAGUCCCCUGCCGCAAGUGGAUGCCAAAGAUGCCAAUAUUUCAUUUGCUAUCUGACACAGGUGGCCUCCCACACGCAGUGCAAUUUUUAUUAGAAGAGUUCUUUGGCCGUCAAUUGGAGAAAGCCAACACUUUUUUUGAUGAUGUGGAGAAUAUCAACAAGAAUAUUGAUAGAAUCUUUACAGAAGUAGCAAAAGUUCUCGACAGCUGUUACUCUAUCCCUGACUUUGCUAGAGAGCAUCAGCAACUUGUUCACGCACUUGUCCUAGAACGUGACACACAUACAAUUCUAAAUGACUGCGAAGAAGACACUGGCAAAGUAUUGGUUCAAAUUCCCUUCUUCUUCCUCUACCUUUACAACAAUGUUAUCAGGGAUAUUCAAGACAACCUAGAGUUUGCAUUCUUAAUGAAUUGGAAGUCGAAUCGAGAAUGGAAAUACUUUGAACAGUUCAUUGCUGAGUAUGAAGUGUAUCGCACGAACCUUCUUGUUAGCCAUGGCUACAAAACAAUGACUCUCGGAGAAAUCUACCAAGGUGCUAUUGGGUGA